AAUUACUAUCAAAAAGCAAUCUCAAUACAACCAUCUCUCUCUCUAUCUCACACGCAACUCUAGCUUUCGUGACCUUAAUUCACAAGAAGUGUGCAGGUACCCCAGCCUUUUCGUGCCAAAAACCAUUACUUGCACCUACUAAUUCUCCCGCAAACCUUUUCUCCUCUCCUUAAUUCCAUUCUCUCCUAUCCUAAACAGCUAAAACUACCAGGUCGACAUCAACAACGUUAUAUAUAUAUAUAUAGUUUGGUGUAAGUAUAUGUAAUAGUGGCUGUUGUGAAAGAAAGAGAGAAGUAUGUGGAGGCUAAAGAUUGCAGAGGGAGGGAAUGAGGCUGAGCCAUACUUAUACAGCACAAACAAUUAUGUUGGUAGACAAACAUGGGAGUUUGAUCCUAAUUCUGGCACUCCUGAGGAGCGAGCUCUGGUCGAAAAAGCUCGCGACGAUUUCUACCAGAAUCGCUAUCAUGUCAAGCCUAGUAGCGAUCUCCUCUGGCGAAUGCAGUUCCUGCAAGAAAAAAAUUUCAAGCAAACAAUACCAGCUGUCAAGGUAGAGGAUGGUGAAGAAAUCACACAUGAAAUAGCCACAACUGCCUUAAGAAGGGCUGUCCACUUCUUUGGGGCCUUGCAGGCCCACGAUGGCCACUGGCCCGCUGAAAAUGCCGGCCCAUUGUUCUUCCUCCCUCCCCUGGUGAUGUGCAUGUACAUCACAGGACAUCUUGAUGCUGUAUUUCCUGAAGAACAUCGCACAGAAAUCCUUCGUUACAUAUAUAAUCAUCAGAAUGAAGAUGGUGGAUGGGGAUUACACAUAGAAGGUCACAGCACAAUGUUCUGCACAGUUCUUAGCUAUGUAUGUAUGCGUAUUCUCGGCGAAGGACCGGACGGUGGCCGGAAUAAUGCCUGUGGUAGAGCAAGAAAAUGGAUUCAUGACCAUGGUGGUGUCACUUACAUACCUUCUUGGGGGAAGACUUGGCUUUCAAUUAUUGGGUUGUUUGAUUGGUGUGGAACCAACCCAAUGCCUCCAGAGUUUUGGAUCCUCCCUUCAUUUCUUCCUAUGCAUCCAGCAAAAAUGUGGUGUUAUUGCCGGAUGGUGUAUAUGCCAAUGUCAUAUCUCUACGGCAAGAGAUUUGUUGGUCCAAUUACACCUCUCAUCUUACAACUCAGAGAUGAACUCCACACUCAACCCUACAACCAGAUUAAUUGGAAGAAAGUUCGCCAUUUAUGUGCUAAGGAAGAUCUGUACUAUCCUCAUCCUUUGAUACAAGACUUGUUAUGGGAUAGUCUGUACAUAGUUUCCGAGCCUCUUCUGACGCGCUGGCCGCUAAAUAAGAUGGUUAGAGAGCAUGCUCUAAAAGUAACAAUGGAGCACAUCCAUUAUGAAGAUGAGAACAGCAGAUAUAUAACAAUAGGAUGUGUAGAGAAGGUUCUAUGUAUGCUUGCUUGUUGGGUUGAAGACCCAAAUGGGGAUUAUUUCAAAAAACAUCUUGCUAGGAUCCCAGAUUACUUGUGGGUUGCUGAAGAUGGAAUGAAAAUGCAAAGUUUUGGUAGCCAAGAGUGGGAUGCUGGAUUUGCCAUUCAAGCUUUGCUUGCUUGCAAUCUCGUAGAUGAAAUUGGAGAUGUGCUUGCAAGAGGACAUGACUUUAUAAAGGCUUCUCAGAUCAAAGACAAUCCUUCUGGUGACUUCAAGAGCAUGCACAGACAUAUUUCUAAGGGGUCUUGGACUUUCUCUGACCAAGACCAUGGAUGGCAAGUUUCAGAUUGCACUGCUGAAGGUUUGAAGUGUUGUUUGCUUUUCUCAAUGAUGCCACCAGAAAUUGUUGGUGAGAAAAUGGAGCCUGAGAGAUUAUAUGAUGCUGUUAAUAUCUUGCUGUCUCUUCAAAGUAAAAAUGGAGGUUUAGCAGCUUGGGAACCUGCAGGGGCUCAAGAGUGGCUAGAAUUGCUGAAUCCAACGGAGUUUUUCGCGGACAUUGUUGUUGAACACGAAUACGUUGAGUGCACCUCAUCCGCCAUUCAAGCUUUUGUAUUGUUCAAGAAGUUGUACCCUGGAUAUAGGAAGAAAGAGAUUGAAAUCUCCAUUGAAAAUGCUGCAAAGUACCUUGAAAAUGUGCAAAUGCCUGAUGGUUCAUGGUAUGGGAACUGGGGAGUUUGCUUCACAUAUGGGACCUGGUUUGCACUUGGAGGGCUGACAGCCACUGGUAGGACAUACAACAACUGUGCUGCUACAAGAAAAGCUGUCGAUUUUCUUAUCAGAACACAGAGAGACGACGGGGGCUGGGGCGAGAGUUACCUUUCAUGUCCAGAGAAGAGAUACGUGCCCCUCGAAGGAGGCGGAUCGAACCUGGUACAUACAGCAUGGGCUAUGAUGGGAUUAAUUCAUGCUGACCAGGCAGAAAGAGACCCAAUGCCUCUUCAUCGUGCCGCAAAGUUGAUAAUCAAUUCUCAACUGGAGAGUGGUGAUUUCCCACAACAGGAAAUCACAGGUGUUUUCAUGAAGAACUGCAUGUUACACUAUGCAGCAUACAGAAACAUUUAUCCACUGUGGGCAUUAGCAGAGUAUCGGAGGAGAGUAACAUUAUCUUCCAAAGUCUAGCAGAAACUACUAAAUAAGUUCAGCUCAAUCAACAAGAUGUAAUAUAAAGCAAUAAGUCAAUCAUUACUUUACAUUAUGUAUAUUGCAAGUAUAAUUUGAUGUUGAUUACUGUCCAGAAACGUUUCGAUGAAAUAAGUGUACAAGUUAAUUCCUUCCUUGGGUAA